CCCCACCCACACCCAAGGAUUCUCCCUCUCCCUCCCUCUCUCUCUCUCUCUCUCUCUCUCUCUCUGUCGAUAUCUGUCCUGUUAGGAGAAGAAGGGAUGCUUGUUUCUUGAUUCCUCUGUUUAAAAGGACUCUUUUUGAUACUGUUGACUUGAAACCGUCUGCGUGCUGGUUACUUUGCCCUACCUGUGGAGGAUCCCGGUAGUCAGCCAGCCUCUGGAGCGUGUGUAGCCCCAGCAGCAGCCACCAUGCUGGGCUUGGAUGUGUGUGAGUUUGGGGGUCAGGUUCUGGAGCUUCUCUGGCUAACCAUGUGUUACCAAGGUUUGAUGGCGGAUAAGGAGGAGAAGCCUGUGGGAGAGGAGGACGACGAGACAGACCUGAACUACACUCCACCAGCCCAGAAGAGCCUGCAGGAGAUACAGGAACUAGACAAGGAUGAUGAGAGUCUCAGGAAAUACAAACAGACUCUACUAGGAGCUGGACCAGUGGUGGCAGACCUGACCAUUCCCAAUGUCCAGGUCACCAGACUGACCCUGAUGUGUGACCAAGCACCUGGUCCCAUCACCAUGGACCUCUCAGGUGACCCGGAGGCUCUGAAGAAGAAGAGUUUCACCAUGAAGGAAGGAGUGGACUACAGAGUGAAGAUACACUUCAAGGUUAACAGGGAUAUUGUGUCUGGGCUGAAGUACGUCCAUCUGACCUACAGGAAAGGAAUCAGAGUGGACAAGGCGGUGUACAUGGUGGGCAGCUACGGGCCGCGGGUGGAGGAGCACGAGUUCAUGACCCCGGUGGAGGAGGCGCCCAAAGGCAUGAUUGUCAGAGGCAGCUACCACAUCAAGUCCCACUUCACCGACGACGACAAGACCGACCACCUCUCAUGGGAGUGGAACCUGGGGAUCAAGAAGGACUGGGACGAAUAGAGAGGAGACUCAUUUCUCUCUCCCUCCUUCCCUCUCCCUGUGUCUCCACCUCUCCCUUUCCCCUUCCUUCCUUCCUUCCUUCCUUCCUUCCUUCCUUCUUACCCCUUCUCUCUCCCGUCUCCCCCACUUUCAUCCCUCCUUCCUCCAUCAAGAAGGACUGGGAUGGAUAGAGACCUCAUCCUUCCCUCCAUGCUUCCCUCUCCCUGUGUCUCCCCUCUCCCUCCUUCUCUCCCUCUUCAUUUAGAAGGACUGGGAUGGAUAGAGACCCCAUCCUUCUCUCCAUGCUUCCCUCUCCCUGUGUCUCCCCUCUCCCUCUUCAUUUAGAAGGACUGGGAUGGAUAGAGACCUCAUCCUUCUCUCCCUCUUCAUUUAGAAGGACUGGGAUCCUCUCCCCCCUCCCUCCAAGGCCCACCUGUAUAAUAGUAAAAGACAGAGGCCGGUAUGAAAGGUGUAAACAGGAAGUUAGGUUAGGCACGGUCUAGAACGGGACAGAGAGGAUGUUGUCAUAAACCAAACCAGUAUCACAUCAUAGUAGACAACCGAACAUCGUGGGCUACAACCCAAAAUGGCCCCCUAUUCCCUAUAUAGUGCACUACCCGCAGGGCUCUGGUUAAAAGUAGUGCACUAUGUAGGGAAUAGGGGGCCAUUUUGGGAGGCAGGGGGUGUGAGCUGUAGGUGGAGAUCCACUUGUCUAUGUGUGAUGUAAUCUGAUGCUCUGUACUACAGUGUGUUAACUGAAGGGGAUCAAAUGAAGUUAAACCCGUGGGACUCACUCAUACAGUGACGUUGGAGUAUGGAGAUGUAUUUACACCCCAUAGUGGGAGAGGCACAUUCUAGAAGGUUAUUCUAAAGUGUUCUAUUCGGAAAUUGCCAGUUCAACAAGGUUUCAAGGAGCAGCCCUUUGUAAUGUUAGUUAUCAGUUAGAAUGUUUGACAACAGUGUGUCUCAUACUCCUCAAGAAGUUACCAUCUUCUAAGUCCUACAUCUAGAAUGACCAUCUUCUAAGUCCUACAUCUAGAAUGACCAUCUUCUAAGUUCUAGUUCUAGAAUGACCAUCUUCUAAGUUCUAGUUCUAGAAUGACCAUAUUCUAAGUUCUAGUUCUAGAAUGACCAUCUUCUAAAUUCUAGUUCUAGAAUGACCAUCUUCUAAGUUCUACAUCUAGAAUGACCAUCUUCUAAGUUCUACAUCUAUAAUUACCAUCUUCUAAGUCCUACGUCUAGAAUGACCAUCUUCUAAGUUAUAGUUAUAGAAAUAUCAUCUUCUAAGUUCUACAUCUAGAAUGACCAUCUUCUAAGUCCUACAUCUAGAAUUACCAUCUUCUAAGUCCUACAUCUAGAAUGACCAUCUUCUAAGUUCUACAUCUAGAAUGACCAUCUUCUAAGUCCUACAUCUAGAAUUACCAUCUUCUAAGUCCUACAUCUAGAAUGACCAUCUUCUAAGUCCUACAUCUAGAAUGACCAUCUUCUAAGUUCUAGUUCUAGAAUGACCAUCUUCUAAAUUCUAGUUCUAGAAUGACCAUCUUCUAAGUCCUACAUCUAGAAUGACCAUCUUCUAAGUUCUACAUCUAGAAUGACUAUCUUCUAAGUUCUACAUCUAGAAUGACCAUCUUCUAAGUCCUACAUCUAGAAUGACCAUCUUCUAAGUUCUACAUCUAGAAUGACUAUCUUCUAAGUUCUAGUUCUAGAAUGACCAUCUUCUAAGUUCUAGUUCUAGAAUGACCAUAUUCUAAGUUCUAGUUCUAGAAUGACCAUCUUCUAAAUUCUAGUUCUAGAAUGACCAUCUUCUAAGUUCUACAUCUAGAAUGACCAUCUUCUAAGUUCUACAUCUAUAAUUACCAUCUUCUAAGUCCUACGUCUAGAAUGACCAUCUUCUAAGUUAUAGUUAUAGAAAUAUCAUCUUCUAAGUUCUACAUCUAGAAUGACCAUCUUCUAAGUCCUACAUCUAGAAUUACCAUCUUCUAAGUCCUACAUCUAGAAUGACCAUCUUCUAAGUUCUACAUCUAGAAUGACCAUCUUCUAAGUCCUACAUCUAGAAUGACCAUCUUCUAAGUUCUAGUUCUAGAAUGACCAUCUUCUAAAUUCUAGUUCUAGAAUGACCAUCUUCUAAGUCCUACAUCUAGAAUGACCAUCUUCUAAGUUCUACAUCUAGAAUGACUAUCUUCUAAGUUCUACAUCUAGAAUGACCAUCUUCUAAGUCCUACAUCUAGAAUGACCAUCUUCUAAGUUCUACAUCUAGAAUGACUAUCUUCUAAGUUAUAGUUCUAGAAUGACCAUCUUCUAAGUCCUACAUCUAGAAUCUAAUUUCUGUUACUGUGUCUUUCAGUUGCCUUCUGUCUCUGUUAUACUUGACACACCUGAGCUGUUAUUGGAUUCAUGUAAAACAACAUGGUUUCACGCUGUCUGGAGGAGUUUUACCAUGGUAACAUAUCAACAGACAACUGUUGUUUUCUCAGGUUUGUCCUUAUAGUUGCUCUAUUUUUUCAAUGCUGCUUGAAUGUCAUUUCCCCAAUGUCUGCCUCUUUGCCUAUUGAGAGAGUUGCUCUUUAAAAGAUAACGCCAUUCACCAUGUAUCAACCAUCUCCCAUUAAACAUCAUGUAAACAUCCUGA